CCUCCCAGGGAGUCAGAGGGACCCGCAGCCCACUCUGAGCAGAUGUAAAGGUUUACAUUUUCUUACAUGCUUUGUUUUGUAAUAUGACAUUUUAAUCUGCAUUUUCCCCCCUUUCGAACACAUCGAGAGAGAAAAAAGUGUGUUUUUAUAGCAACUCCUUCUGGCUGCAACUGCUGCGUUCAAGGAGCCUCCAGAGUUCUUCCUGUCUGUGUCACCAUGGGAAUCAAAGCUGCACUUCCCAAAUAUGAGAUCUAUUUUUACAACACGGUGCUUUGUCUGGCCAUGUUCUGGGCUGCUGGCUGGAUCUUUGACGUGUCCAGUUCAAGUGCAAACAGAAAGACGUUUAAAACCAGCGUGAAGCCAGGAUGGUACUACUUUGGGAGGAAAAUGGAUACGGCUGAUUUGGAGUGGAUGAUGUGGUUUUCCACCUUCAGAGCGCACAUCCUGUUUGCUCUUUCUGGUCAUGUGCUGUUCGCUAAGAUCUGCUCCAUGUUGGCUCCACAGUACAGGUCCCUGGUGUACAUGGUGUAUGGGCUGCUGGCCGUGUGGACCAGUAUGGGCUGGACCUACGUCACCCUCAUCCUGUCCCACUGUAUCCUGCUCUACAGCAUCUCCUUAGUGAAAAUCCGCUGGCUUUGCUUCGUCGCUGGCCUUUGUACACUCGCUACAUUCAAGUGUGAACCCUUCGUGUCCUGGCAGGCCGGCUUUGUGGAGGGUGACUUUGAGCUGCGUCAUGUUCUCUUCUAUGGAGGUUGUGGGUUUACCAUUAUGCGCUGUAUGAGCUUUGCUCUGGAGAACUGUGAGAGGAAAGAUGGAAACUACAACAUCCUGGAGCUGCUAAAGUACAACUUCUACCUCCCCUUCUUCUAUUUCGGACCCAUCAUGACCUUUGACAAGUUUUAUGUUCAAGCUAACAAGUCAGACCUGACCAGGAAAGAGUGGGAGAUGUGGAACAUCAGUCUGCAGGGCCUGAUUCACCUGGGAGUCGUCAUUGUCGUGGACGUCCUCUUCCAUUUCAUGUACAUCCUCACCAUCCCCACCGACCUGAAGCUGCUGAAGCAUGCCUCUGACUGGGCUCUAGUGGGCCUAGCUUACUUCAACCUGGUGUAUGACUGGGUAAAAGCAGCUGUCAUGUUUGGAGUCAUCAACACAGUGUCCAGACUGGAUCAUCUGGACCCUCCUAAGCCACCAAAAUGCAUCACUAUGCUCUACGUGUUUGCUGAAACCCAUUUUGACAGAGGGAUCAACGAGUGGCUGUGCAAGUAUGUGUACAAUUACCUGGGUGGAAACCAUGAGAAUGUGGUGGAGGAGCUGGUGGCUACACUGUGCACCUUUGGCAUCACCAUCCUCUGGUUGGGACCCUGCGAGGUGGUGCUGAUCUGGGCUUUCCUUAACUGUUUUGGCCUCAACUUUGAGUUGUGGACUGCCAAGUUCUUCUCCAUGGAGCCUUUUGCUUCUUUUGAGAUGGCGAUGUCAGAAGCAAUGUCCCGUCGGAUCAGAGCCAUCUUCAAUACUUUGAACUUCUGGACCAUUGUGUUGUACAACAUCCUGGCCUUGAACAGUUUGGACUUUGCCAAGUUGGUUGCCAAGCGGCUGCUUCUCAAAGGCUUCCCUAUAACCACCAUCAUCGUCAUGUUUGUGACCUACUGCCUGAUUCAAGUGAUUAAGGAGAGAGAGAGGGGACAGGCCCUUAUCGAUGAUCCAGAUCCUCUUCCUCCUGCUCCCCCUACCAACGCCGCCAGCCCAACCGCAGCUUCACCCACUGCUGCUCAACCAGUCGCAGAUCCGAGCAAGGAAAAGGCAGAGUAGAUAUUUUCACUAAUAGCAAAGGAUGUUUACAGCCAUGAGUGUUAUCGCCAGUCCAGAUUUUGAACCAUGAAUUGUGAAUGGAUGCUCGGUUUCUGCUGAUGUAGAAAAAAAGCAUUAACUGUAAAUAAGUUUACCAUCAUGUGUUUAUACCUAAAAGGGAAUGAAAUAGAACCGAAUGAAAGACAUUUACUCAAACAUGAUGUAAUAUAUAGUAUAAUGUCCAGUAGCCACUGAAAAUAAAUAACAAUAAGUGUAACAACACUGUAGAGAUGUUAAACGUACUGAAAACUUUGUCAUUAAUUAAAAUAAACUGCAAAGAUUUGUUCAAAUG